AUGUCGCCAGUUGAAUAUUGCGCAGAAAGGGAAAAAACUAUCCAUUCGCAUACUACCGACAAAGUUUUCCGUUGUUGUGGAGAACGUGUACCACCACAUUUACUCCUACCAGGCUCCCGUAACUCAACAAAGGUAAAAAGGGAACCAAUAAAAACCAUAGCUGGUGGUUCAGCAUCUGCACCGCCAACAGAAUCCAGGCCAAAUAGAAGAGAUAAAGGGAAGGGUAAAGCCUCACAAAAUAUUGAAACAAUCCUUCUUCUUUCCAGCCCGACAAACUCACCAGAGAGAAUUGUAAAAACAGAAUCUAAAAAACAGAACUCAACAUUUGGUUUAGUGCCUGCCCUCACAUCACCAGCCCCCGCCAGCAAACAAAGUGCUCUCAAAAUAACAGCUAGAGAUUCCCGCAAGUUAGUGAUAUACGUUGGCUCUUUAGAUGAUAAAUGGAGUUCAUAUAAGAACAUAGGUGUAUCAUCAAAGGUAUUUGAGGACUUAGAUGAGCUCAUCACCGACCACUCUGACUUUGCUUUCGGUCUCUUGAGCUCCUCUCCUAAUUGGCAGGAUGCUAUCACCGCAGAGUCAUUAGAUAUACAUCAAGUCCUUGUGGCAACACAUUUCCACCCCAAAGACGGACCCCAUAGGUUGGAGGUCAGGAGCAAGCCAAUAACCGUUAGGGAUUUUCUGAUGGAUUUCCCUGGAGGGCCGUCUACAAAAAUUGUUUUGGUAGUCAAAUACCAAACAGAUCUAGAUGAACAACGGGCAAUCAGGAUCAAAAAAGAGAAGGAGGAAACACAUGAGUUUCUCACUGCUGUUCGGGCAAGAAGAGACAGAUUUGAUUCACCGGCGGUUGUCAAAAAGGAGCUUUAUAUGAGAGUAGGAGAACCGGCACCUUCCCCAGAAGAGGAACAUUUUACCAGUGAUCCCCCAUUGCUCUCUAUGCCUACAUUAAAAAGAGAUUCAACGGCUUUGACUCCUGAUCUACCUGAGAAGUCAAAUUCUGUGCUUAGCUCUCCCGAUUUACAAUCCUCUCCGUCACCAAUUGAAGAGGAGGAGAUUAUAUGA